ACAUGGUGUCCAUGUGCGAGGUGCCAGUCGCAAACUAACCUUCCUCCAGUAACGUUCGCACACCCGGGCGGCGCUUUUGGAGCUAGUUGGUAUUCUAGUUGGCUAGCAGAGCGAGGUCCUGGCAUGCUAUAGACACCGGCAGGCAACAACGAUCCUGGGUAGAGCUGUAAUCGAUAUUCGUGGAACAAUUUACUUGCAGUAUCAAACGGGACAGUGUGUGCGUUCUGUUGUGUCUUUGUGAGAGGUGCAUGUGUGUGUGUGAGAGAGUUGUAUGUGUGACAGUUUAAGUUGUUCCGAGGAGCAUGUCCUGUUCGGGUAGAUCCUCGCGGCGAGUGAGCACCGUGGUCGGUCGAUGUGUGAUGCUACUACUACUACUACUGCUGAGCGCUGCGUCUACCGACGCACAAUGCGUGGGCAGUGUCAGCCAGCGGCUGAAGAUGUCCGCCCUGCUCGACAGCAUCUACCCGCCCUGGACGGACGGUAGCUGUCUGCUGCGGGAGCCGGCAGCAGAACCGACCAAGAUCGACGAUCGCCUACCGCUCGACUGGGACAGUCUGAUUGUGCAGGCGAACGAAACGAUUUCGGCGCUCCCGCCGCCCUCGAACCUGACCGACAUGGCGGACUAUUUGCUCGAGCUUGGGGCAGACGGCGACGGCCUGGACACUGCGCCAACGGGCAGCGAUGAGCUGAGCGCUACCGAAACAGCAUACAUCACCUCGCUGAACAAGAAAGUGUUCAGCAUCAAUGUGCCAUUCGAUCCUGCCUACAGCGAUCGCGUCUCGGCCGAAUGCAAACGACAGUCGGCGCUGUUCUUCCGUGCGUACGCCGCAUCCGAGCUGUGGGCCCUCAGAAUGCACGAUGCUAGUGCCAAGGUGGGACACGGCAUACUGAACGGGAACAUCAACCAGUACGGCGAUUUCGACCAGUGUCUUAGCAUUCAGCAAACCCUCGGCAGCAUGGGCGAUUCGUCGGCCCAGGCGGCACCGCUCCGGGGGCGGUACUGCAUGGCCGAGGUGCAGCCGACGAUCAAGCCCAACACGCGCGUCCUGAAGCACCUGUUCGAGCUGGUCCAGGCGCACGGCAUGCUGAAGAGCAACUUGGAUGAUCCCGGUCACCGCGUGCCUCGGUUUUCCACCGUCCACUGGGCGCUGUGCGUACCGGCCGGCUGUACCGCGGCUGACGUUCAACAGUCGCUCGGCGCCUUCCUGCACCACUACAUAGCGGACACGGGCCUGCAGACGGAGGUAAAGGUGCAUCCGGCACUGUGCCAGACCAAGCACUACAUCUGGCACGAGUACUUCACCGAUCGGACGCUGCUGGUGUGGUGCGCGUUCGCGCUGUACGCGCUGCUGGUGCUGUCCUCCACCCUGUACGACCUGAAGUUCCAGACCAAAGCGGAAUGGUUCACGGUGUUUUCGCUCAUCAAAAACACCCGUUCGAUACUGAGCUUCAAGGAGGAGCGGAACGAUAUCGCUUGCCUGCACGGGAUACGCUUCCUGAAUGCGAUGCUGCUGCUGAUUGCGCACAAAUCCAUGGCCCUGUUCUUCAACCCGUACAUCAAUCGGACGGAAAUGAGCGAGGUGCUUGGCCAACCGUGGACCGUGAUCGGCCGGGCGGCAGCCAUCUUCACCGAUCCGUUCAUCAUGUUCAGCGGCUUCCUGACCACGUUCUCCUUCAUCGAGCGGCUGCAGAAGGGCCAGCGGGUUCGGCUGCACCAGGAGUACAUUGGCCGGUUGCUGCGGAUCGCACCACCGCUCGGUGCGCUCAUCCUGAUCUGCACCUUCGUGCUGCCGUUUCUCGGCACCGGCCCGCUGUGGAAUCUGGUGGUGACGAACCACGGCGACAUCUGCAAGCAGUACUGGUGGCGCAACAUGCUGUUCAUACACAACUACUUCGGCUUCAAGAACAUGUGCCUCACGCACACGCACCACGUCGGCAUCGAUACGGAGCUGUUCUUCGUGGCGCCCCUGUUCAUUUACUGCGUGUGGAAGUGGCCCCGCCGCGGCCUGAUGGGGCUGGCGGCGAUCGCCCUACUGACCACCGUCCACCGGUUCUACGUCACCUACAGUAUGCGGUUGGCCAACUACGUCUACUUCGGCACGUCCGUGAAGCAACUGUUUGAAACUGCCGACUACAUGUACAUACUGCCGUACUACCGUGUCACCGUCUACCUCAUGGGCGUUAUGCUAGGCUACGUUUGCUCCAAGUACAAAACGAUGCAACUCACCGAGAAACAAAUGAAAAUCGGAUGGUACAUCAGCACACUGUCCAUUGCCGUGGCGUUCUUCGGACCGGCACCGAUGGGCUCGAUGCACUACGUGUACAACCCGCUGCACGCCGCGAGCUACGCAGCGUUCUCGCCGAUAGCGUGGUGUCUCUUUUUUGCCUGGACCGUCUUCACCGCCCAUCUGGGCUAUCGAAACUGGGUGAUAGACUUUUUCUCGUGGCGUGGGUUCCGCAUCACCACCAGAAUAUCGUACGCUAUCUACCUGACGCAGUUUCCCAUCUUCUUCUACAACGUUGGCAGAACGCGGUCGCCACAGUAUUUCGAGUUCUGGCCGGCCGUUAUCUUCAACACUAACGAGUACCUGGUCGUGUUUCUCUCAUCCUUCCUGCUGACGGUCCUGUUCGAGACACCGUUCAUCAACGUGAAGAAGCUACUGUUCAGCAACAACCGACACGCGAAGCAGGCGGCGGGCAGCAGCGGCGAUGGCAGCACAAGCGCCACUGAACCAUUGGCAGCGCAUCCUGCAAAACUUGACGCAGCACCGGGUAGUAGUGCCGGAGGAGUUUGUCCCGGCAUGAUGGACGAGAAUGAAAAUAGUCGAUCUAAUGGGUAUUUUGAGUGUGACAAGAGUAAAUUAAAUUGUUAGGCAGUA